AUGGCUUUAGAGGGAGAUCUUAUAAAUUACUGGCAAUACCAACUGAAAAAAGCAUAUCAUAAUGAGCAACCAGUGAAUGGAAAGAGAAAGUACAUUCCAGUACUCCACAUUGAUCCAACAGGCUGGUUUUAUUUAAGUGACCCAGUACAUCAAGUAGCAGCAAACACUGCUGUAUUCUUACCCAUCAGGAAUAUGGAGGAAGGAACCAGGAAGAUUAUUAUUCCAAUGUCACACCAAAACGUGCAUUGGACGCUUCUUGUGUAUGAAUGCGAGAAAGGCGAAUUCUUCCACUACAACACUUGGGAAGCUGUAUCCAAAAAUGAGUGUCUCGAUAAUGCUAAUCUUAUGGCAGAAUACUGCUUGUUAGCAAUUAAUGAACGCUUGUCGAGCCUGCGCCUUCCACUUGUAAGCAGAGUAAAGAUGAUUAGUUACCCAACACCUCAACAGGGAGACUAUCCAGAUUGUGCAAUAUAUAUCAUGCACAUCAUGAAGAAAGUUGCAAAGGAGGAAGUAAUUGAUGGAGUGCGAAUGAGCUUGGGAGACCCAGAAGAACUAAAGGACAAAAUACAUAAGAAUAGGAUCUCUUUAGCAUGCAAAAUACUCUCAGCAACAUCUCCUCCUGCGGAGAGCUGGAAUAUUCAUGCUCCAAAAGGUUUUUAA